AUGGAGAUCUCCCUGCUGUCCCUGGAGAACGGCGGGGCCAUGACCGUCCGAGGAGGAGGAGGUGAGGCCCGGGGGGGCUGCGGCCAGGUCCCAGCGGGGGAGCUCCAGUGCCCCUCGACGGCCGCGCUCUGCGACGGACCCAGAGGGCCGGCGCCCGGGGGGUGCGGCGCGCCCGGGAGCGCGGAGCCCGGAGCACGGCCUUCGCCCAGGCUGCCCCCGCAGCAGCCGCAGCCGCAUAGACAGGUCCCCCCGUGGGACGAGGAGGGCGAAGGCGACCCCGCCCGGGGCGCGGCGGCGGAGGACGACCCGGUGCCCAGCAGCGCGGCCCCGGCCCUGCACCACCAGCGCGUCCACAUCAACAUCUCGGGCUUGCGCUUCGAGACGCAGCUGGGCACCCUGGCGCAGUUCCCCGACACCCUCCUGGGGGACCCCGCCCGGCGCCUGCGCUACUUCGACCCCCUGCGCAACGAGUACUUCUUCGACCGCCACCGACCCAGCUUCGACGGCAUCCUCUAUUACUACCAGUCCGGGGGCCGCCUCCGCCGGCCCGUCAACGUCUCCCUGGACGUGUUCGCCGACGAGAUCCGCUUCUACCAGCUCGGGGACGAGGCCAUGGAGCGCUUCCGGGAGGACGAGGGCUUCAUCAAGGAGGAGGAGAAGCCCCUGCCCCGCCGCCCGUUCCAGCGCCAGGUGUGGCUCAUCUUCGAGUACCCGGAGAGCUCGGGCUCCGCGCGCGCCGUCGCCAUCGUCUCGGUCCUGGUCAUCCUCGUCUCCAUCAUCACCUUCUGCCUGGAGACCUUGCCCGAGUUCAAGGACGAGCGCGAGCUGCACCGCCAUCCCCAGGCGGCUGCGGCUGCGGCUCUCCAUCCCCCGCCUUUGGGGGGGCCGGCGGCUUGGGGGGCCAAUGGCAGCAGCGAGGGGGUCGGGGAGCCCUCCUCCUCCGGCUCUGGCCCCACGGCGGCGGCGGCGCCUCCUCCUCGGCUGCCCAGGACCCUGGCCGACCCCUUCUUCAUCGUGGAGACCACGUGCGUCAUCUGGUUCACCUUCGAGCUGCUGGCGCGCUUCCUGGCCUGCCCGAGCAAGGCCGACUUUUGCAGGAACAUCAUGAACAUCAUCGACGUGGUGGCCAUCUUCCCCUACUUCAUCACCCUGGGCACCGAGCUGGCCGAGCCGCAGUCCUCCGGGGGCGGCGGCGGCCAGAACGGGCAGCAGGCUAUGUCCCUGGCCAUCCUCCGGGUGAUCCGCCUGGUCCGCGUGUUCCGCAUCUUCAAGCUGUCCCGCCACUCCAAGGGGCUGCAGAUCCUGGGUAAGACCCUGCAGGCCUCCAUGCGCGAGCUGGGCCUGCUCAUCUUCUUCCUCUUCAUCGGUGUCAUCCUCUUCUCCAGCGCCGUCUACUUCGCCGAGGUGGACCACCAGAAGAGCCACUUUUCCAGCAUCCCCGACGCCUUCUGGUGGGCGGUGGUCACCAUGACCACGGUGGGCUACGGGGACAUGAGGCCCGUCACCGUGGGCGGCAAGAUCGUGGGCUCCCUGUGCGCCAUCGCCGGGGUCCUCACCAUCGCGCUGCCCGUGCCCGUCAUCGUCUCCAAUUUCAACUACUUCUACCACCGGGAGACGGACCACCGCGAGUCGGAGGAGCUGGCCGCCCUCAAGGAGGAGCAGGGCAACCAGAGCCAGGGGCUGGGGCCGGAGGGCAGAGGCCAGCAGCGGAAGGCCAGCUGGAACAAGGGGUCCUUCUGCAAGGGGUCCCCCCCGGAGAAUGCUGAGGGGGCCCGAGGGGGCAGCUGCCCUCUAGAGAAGUGUCACCUCAAGGCCAAGAGCAAUGUGGACCUGCGGAGGUCCCUGUAUGCCCUCUGCCUGGACACCAGCCGAGAGACAGAUUUGUGA